GGGUCAGCCUAACUCUAUUGAGGUUUUGAGCUGCAAAGGAUCUUGAAAGCACCAAGGACCUAGUUAGGGCUGCUUUCCCUGCUUGUUUGUGCAAGCAAGAACAUGCUUGAUACUUGGAGCUCUUCCCCACACUCCUGUGGAUCAGCUUCCAUGCAACUCCUCUCUUCUGUCCCCUCCUGUUUGGAAGACACAUUUGCUAUUUUAAUAGGAGCAUGGAUCAAAUCAAGUUGACUAAGCCUGGCAGAGCUCAUGCAGAUACUUCACACUUGAAGAACCAACAACAAAGUAGAAGGGCUUCAGAGGAGAUCUGCAGAGUAACAUGAAUGCUCUAGUUAAAUGUAUGGCGGAUCGCCAAGAGGUUUUGGAAGGAAGAUUCAGAAGUAACAUGAAUGCUCUAGUUAAAUGUAUGGCGGAUCGCCAAGAGGUUUUGGAAGGAAGAUUCAGGGAACUUUCCAGAAUGGUCAGCGCAGAAGAGUUUCAUCAGAAGGAGGAAGAAUGUGAAAAGCUGAAGGAACAGAAAGGAGUCUUGGAGCAAAAAUUGGACCAUGUCUUGGCCAAUGCAAUGAGCAGCCAUAAGUUCUCUGAGAAUUUGAAUGACCCCUGUCGAUUAUCAGCUGUGCUGGAGAUGUACGACAAGCUCACGACACUUGAAUGGCAGAAAGUCAAAUGUGCUGCAAGAUUCUCCACCUUUCCAAUGACGUAUGAAGACGGUAGCACCAUAAUUAAGACUGUGUUUUCCAAAUGUGAAGAAGAGCUGUCACAAAAACAGGAGAAAAUUUUUGAACCCCUUGAGAUUCCAGUUUCAAAGAAAACUACAAGCCCCUUUGACAGCCAACAGUUGAUCCCUGGGCUGGCAAGAGAGAUAAAGAAUCACCUUAAAAAUCUCUAUUUUAACUAUGGAGAAGACUAUUACCAAGACAAGAUUUGGCCUGCUCCUUCUUGUGAUCAACAGAUGUUUCAGCCACUUGUAAAGUUCACAGCAGAGUGCUACAAAAUUUACUGUUUGUUGCUUCUUCAGAACCCGCCCAUUAAAGCUGUGUGGCACACAGAGGAAAGAAACCUAAUCUCUUGCAUACAGCACGUGGACAAUAAAAACGUGGAGGAUAGGAUGCCAUUAAACUUUCUGUGGCCCGUGCUGGUCUGUGGGGAAGAGCUAAUUAGAAAGGGUGUAAUCUAUGGUUAAAAGUAAUGGCUGUUUGGAGUCAAAUUAUACCCCUGUGUCAAAAAGCAAUAAAAAGCAAGUAAAUCUGCAGCCUGGUGGUA